AACAACAAAGAAAAAUAAAUCAUGUUUCUUAUCUUUUUUGUUUAGAAUUUUCUCUUGUUAAGAAAUAAUCUAUUAUUUUUUUUUUUGUUUUAAAUUAAAAUGUUUUAUGAGGGCGGAACACAUUUAUCAAACUACAUCGCAUAAUUUAUUCAACAACAAAACUGAUAUUAAAAAGUUGCAUGAACCUUUGUUAGCCACUUAAAAUUUAAGGUUGCUCGAGACAGAAUAGAAAAUUAAAAAUAAAUCUGAACUUAAGUGCAAUUCACAGUGAAAAAACAAAAAUGCCAUACCGCAUACGAUCUGGAGAUGAAUAUCCACCCUGGAUGGGCUUCAUAUUCGUUUUCAAUUUAAUUGUUGGCACUGGAGCACUGACUUUGCCAGCAGUGUUUAACAAAGCCGGAUGGCUUCUCAGUCUUACAAUUAUUGUUAUUCUGGCUGGAAUAAGUUAUAUGACGGUUACAUUUAUCAUUGAGACAAUGUCUUGUGCAAAUGCUGUCAUCCAGUGGCAACGUUUGCAAUACCUUAAGAGAGAUCAAACAUCGACAGCAUCUGAAAACAAUGAUGAAGCCGACACGGAUGAUCCAACCGCUUCACUAUUGCCCCGUAAUAAUACAAACGUUUUGGCAAGUUCUGGAACUGAAGGUAGUCUGGAACAGAUGCCAUUGUCAUCGCAAAGAUCACAUUAUUAUAUGCUCGAUAGAAAAGUCGAAAUGGGAGAAAUGGCUGGAUUAUUUUUUAACGAUUUCGGACGCGUAAUGUUCUACUUGUGCAUUGCUAUUUAUAUGUAUGGAGAUAUGAGCAUCUACUCGGCAGCUGUGGCAAAGAGCUUAAGGGAUGUUGUUUGCCAUCUUAACUCAACAAACGGCAGCACCAUUGAUAAUGUUACAAUUGACACACUGUGUUGGGAAACACACACAAUGUCUCGGCUGGAUGUUUAUCGUCUUUUUUUAGUAGCAUUCAUUAUGAUCUUGGGCCCAUUCGCUUUGUUCAGUGUACAAAGAACAAAAUACAUUCAAAUGUUUACUGUGAUUUUUCGUUGGCUGGCAUUCAUAUCGAUGAUCGGAUUGGCAAUUAAAUCCCUCCUUGCAGACGGACCACAAGGACAUCCACCAGUGGCAAAUGUAUAUGGUCUUCCAUCAUUAUUUGGAGCAUGCGUUUAUUCGUUUAUGUGUCAUCAUUCGUUGCCAAGUCUAAUUGUGCCCAUUAGUGAUAAGAAACACCUUAAAUCACUUCUUUCGUUUGAUUAUUUAUUGAUAGUAUCGUUCUAUAUCUUACUAGCGCUAACAGGUUCAUUUGCUUUCGCUGAACUGGAAGAUCUUUACACACUUAAUUUUAUACCAAGUCCUGAUAAUUCAUUGCCUAUGAAAAUAAUUGAAUACUUUCUAGCCCUAUUUCCUGUAUUCACUUUGUCAGCAAGCUUUCCAGUAAUUGCCAUUACAUUACGUAACAAUUUGCAAACGUUAUUUUUGGAUAUGUCACGUUUUGAUUCGUAUAAUUUCUUUUUACGAAGAGUUCUUUUUCCAAUGUUAGCUAUUGUUCCUCCAUUUGCUGUUACUUAUUUUACUGAGAGUCUAACAAGUUUGGUAGGCUUUACAGGAAGCUAUGCUGGUACCGGUAUUCAAUAUAUUAUACCGGUGGCUUUAGUGUAUUUUGCUCGUCGUACUUGUGCCGACUUGCUUGGGCGUGGUCUCAUUAAUGAAUAUAGAAGUCCAUUUCGCAGUUCAGCUUGGCUAAUAUUUGUAAUUGUUUGGUCAUGGACUUGUAUGAUAUUGGUUACGGUAAAUUUUUUCACUUUUAACGCUACCUAAAGGUUUUUUUUUUAUAAAGAAUUGGACAAAACAACAAUGAAUGACUGAAUGUACAUCCUUUCAACUAGACAAGGAUAUUAAUGUGAAACUAAAGGGCAAUAAUCAUACACGUAACUACAUAAUUAUACAUAUCAAAUUGCAUUUAUUGUUAAAAAUCAUCAAGAAUCAUCAUUACGUACAAAAAUUGAAAAAUCGUAUAUGUAUUUAUGAAAAAUUGUAUUAGAUUAAUAGACACUAAAUUUAAGGCUGAAAAGAAUAAAAUUUAUUUUAUACGUUGAUUGAAUUUUA